GGGAACGGAGCGCGCUAUAGACUCAAGUUGAAAUAAAGCUGCAAUUAAAUUAAUUCUUCCCUUUUGACUUUUAAAUUUGUCCCUUAAGAUCCAAAUUUGACUUGCCAUUGGCGUUUUUCAGAGAGAACUCGUUCCAGAUUUAAACACUUAUUUCUUCCUGAAAAAAACCUGAAAAGACUCCCAUUAAACCUGAUUAGACCUGAAAAUAACUGUCCAGUUCCAAAAAACAGCCGCUCAAUUCAGGGAAAACCCGCUGCCACAAUUGAUAGAAUUCGCGAAAGUUGGACGCUGCCAUUGAUAACAUGCUACGGGCUGUCAGUUUUUAAUUAGUCAAAACUGAGCAGCUUUUUCUGCUUUGUUUUCUAAUAGAUCUUCGGUCUUUACUGCAGAAAAUUUCAAAAAGCUAAACGAACAGAAACGCCGAAAUGAUAACCGACGAAGGCAAAAACGAGCAGCAUUUUCUUGUCGUGUUGGAUUUCGACGACACUAUUGUCGAGGGAAACUCGGAGGAGAGCGUGAAAUCUCUGCUGGAGAGUCGGGACAUUCAGUUCCCAUGUAGCAUGGUAAAUCACUACGAGAAACACAAGGAUUGGAACUACUACAUCAAUUUACUCUACGAGUUCUUGCACGAGAAUGACAUCAAGCAAAAAGACAUAGUGGAUUCACUCCACAAAAUUUCAUUCGUCAAAGGCAGCUUCGAAAUGCUGCAGAAGGUCGCGGAGAUGAAAAAGACACGCAACAUCGAUGUCAUUAUAAUCUCGGGCGGAAAUGUGCUCGUGAUUGAGAAGAUUCUGGAAAAUGCUGGACUACGUCAUGUGAUCGAUGAAAUCCUGUCCAAUCCAGUUUCCGUGGAGCCAAACGGACUGCUAAAAAUCGGGUUGCUAAACACGCAUAGCUGCAAUUACUGCUUCAGCGGUGAAAUGUGCAAAGGGGUGGUUGUUCGGAACUAUCUCAACCGAAAAAAAGCAGAACGAAACAUCGACUUCGACAAAGUUUUCUUCGCGGGUGAUUAUCUGAAUGACAUUUGCCUCUGUCUCGAAAUGCGAGAGCAAGAUUUCGUAAUGGCCCGUCACCAGUUUCCUUUGGAAAAAGAUCUGGAAAACCGAAAGGUCAAAGGUCAGCUCAAAGCCAACUUAAUCAGCUGGAAAACGGGUUACGACGUGAUGAAAGUUCUGGAAAAACAAACCGAACUAAUUUGAAAUCUGAAAACUGGCGCUCCGCUUAAAAAUGCCACAAAAAUGAGUUCCGGUUAAGCGCUUCAAUAAGUAAUUACUCAAAUUUGAAUUCAAAUAUUUCUGUAUCAUACGACAAACAAUUUACAUCUUUUUGUUGAAAAUAAACGAAAUAAAUAGAUCAAGGUUUCCAAAAGUUUUAUACUUCGUAAUUAGAUUAUUCGUGAAAUUUUAUUGCAGAUUUUAUUUCGAGAAAACACAAUAUACAAACAUAGAAAUUGA